GGGCUUCUUCAUGUUCACAGCCCCGUCGGUGGAGUUGUCGCAGUGCAGCAUCCGUAGAAGCCCUCCGCAGAGCCCGUCUCAGUUGGCAUUCAGACGUGACGAUCAGUGCGUGUGAGUGCAUAUCCCCAGGCGGCGUGAUGUCGUGCACCGCAGCGCUGUCGUCUGGAUUCGCCGUAAAGUGCGCCUCCCUGGCGUGGGCCAAGAGUGGCAUCUCCGGCGCCUCGGUCACCUUUGCGGCCCCCUCCGUCUCUACCGUUGUGGCCAGGAGCUCUGUCGUUAGAUCAUGCAGGGGUGACGAGAGUGAGACCGUGAGUCGCCGCGCGGCGCUCGCCUUGGUUGCUGGUGUAGUCGCUGCCAGCGCGAGGAUCGCGCCUGCCAAUGCUGCGUAUGGAGAGAGCGCUAAUGUUUUUGGUGCCCCCAAGCAAUCUACUGGCUUCUCCCCAUUCACCGGCGAUGGCUUUUCCCUAGAUAUUCCCUCGAAGUGGAAUCCCAGUAAAGAAAAGGAAUUCCCCGGAACAGUGCUGAGAUUUGAAGAUAACUUCGACGCUACCAACAAUCUGUUUGUGUCUAUUACCCCCGCCAGUAAGGGCAGCAUAACAGAAUAUGGAUCUCCAGAGAAGUUUUUGGAUGAGGUCUCCUAUCUGUUCGGGAAGCAAGCCUACAAUGGCAAGACUGCAUCCGAAGGAGGAUUUCAGAACAAUUCUGUUGCAACUGCAGCGAUUCUCGAGGCGAAAUCAGUGGAAUUAAAAGGCAGACCCUACUACAAGUUGAGUGUGCUCACUAGAACCGCUGACGGAGAUGAAGGAGGCAAGCAUCAGCUGAUCGCAGCCACUGUGAAGGAUGGUAACCUGUACAUGUUGAAGGCUCAAGCCGGUGACAAGAGAUGGUUCAAGGGUGUAAAGAAAUUCGUAGAGGGUGCAUGGAACACAUUCACUGUGGCUUAGUUUCUACACUAACUUCAAUACUGUGGAUCACCCAACACGAUCGUUUUCACAGUUUGAAGAUUCUACCGGAUCGGAUCACUGUCGAAAUGUAUCGGGAUUGGUUUGUGGAGGAUACAGAUGCCGUUUUCCGCAUUCCAUUUUCCCGGCCGAGGUCAUCUGCUGGCACGUAGAUACUGUCUAACUGGGCUCAUCUUAUGCAUGCCUCCCUUGUUGAACGCGAGUAAGGUGACUGAAUUCAACCGAGUCUGGCUGCAUCUUGGAACACCGAUCUAUGGGUCGGACUUCUCUUGUCAAUAUAUCCUCAUGAAUUAUGUAGGCUAUACGUGAACAAAUCAAUAUUACAGACUGAACUAAUCCAUUGGUAUGCUGGAUUGUUGCCCUGUGAACGAGAUGAAUACGUGCAGUAUGGCUCCUGAUCAUUGCCUGACGUUAAAAUUGUCACGA